AAUUCCUGCACUGCAUUAGAAAUUGCCAGUUAUCAGAGUUUGCCAUCGUUGCACAAGCACAAAACCACAAACAAAGGUAUAAAUAGUAGACUGUGGAAAGUUGAUUAGUCCCUGCACUGUAUUAGAGAGACAGCUUCGCGAGUUUGUCUUCACCUAGGCAACUUUGAUCAUAAAACCAUUCACUACAUCCACAUAGGUACAAGAGCAGUGUAACCUGUCCCAAGCUACCCUUGUGGAUCAUGGAUGAGAGAAGUGAUAUGGACAAGUCAGAGGAGGUACUUCUGCCAGGUUUCCGAUUUCAUCCCACAGAUGAAGAACUUGUGGGUUUUUAUCUCAAAAGAAAGAUUCAGCAGAAACCCCUUUCAAUUGAGCUCAUCCGGCAGCUGGACAUCUACAAGUACGACCCAUGGGAUCUCCCAAAACUUGCAAGUUCUGGGGAGAAAGAAUGGUAUUUCUACUGCCCAAGGGACCGGAAGUAUCGUAAUAGUGCUAGACCAAACAGAGUCACAGGAGCUGGAUUCUGGAAAGCAACAGGGACAGAUAGGCCAAUUUACUCCUCCCAGGGAACCAAGUGUAUAGGCCUGAAGAAGUCUCUUGUCUUUUAUAAAGGAAGAGCAGCAAAAGGGAUCAAAACUGAUUGGAUGAUGCAUGAGUUCAGGCUUCCUUCACUAACUGAUCCAACACUUCCUAAAGUACCAAUAGAUAAAAACAUUCCAGCCAAUGAUGCCUGGGCUAUCUGUAGAAUAUUUAAAAAGCCUAGUUCAAUGGCACAAAGAGCACUAUCUCACUCCUGGGGUCCUCAGUCAAUUGCAACGACAGAGCCAGAUCUGUUAUCUGCCUUGCAGUCCAUACAGGCUUCGCAUUUUGCUUUGGAAAGCUCCUCUUGCUCGGCAGAAGUUGCAAUACCUGUGAAUCAGUUUAAUAGCCAACAUUACUUUCAAGGACGGCAGCAGCAGAAGCUCAACAGUUCACAGAAUGGCUCUUCAUAUAAAGUCAUAAACUUCAACCGUGGUCCGUCCUUAACUCAUCUAUCAGAAAAAGGCAUCCAUAGCAAUCCGAUCAUAUUGCCAUUUGAAACACAGACCCUGCAGAGGUCACCAGAUGCCGUGCUUCUCAGCAUAGCCCCUGGAAUAAUCAAUAGCAUGAAUGAAGCCUCACCAGAUACUGAGUUUGAACAGCUUGAACAGUGCGAUGGGUAUGCAGUUGAUUGGGAUAUAGACACAACUGGAGGUACUGGAAACAGGGAUGAAGAUCCAUAUACAAGAAAACCUGAUAAUGGAUACGUUACGGGUAACGAGUGUGGAGUUCCACGAAAAAUAAAAUUCCCAUUUGAUCUGGGGCUAGAUUCUUCAGAUGAUUGGACAUGCAACGUGCCCUGUGAAUCUCUCACUUGUCCCCCGACCUCCCCCAGAGAUGCCCAGUAGCUGCUCUAC